UUUCGCGCGCCAGUCCUCCAGUCUUUCUGUUACCACAAUAGUUAGCCAGUAAGCUGUUCACAUUUGCCUGCUGAUGCCUCACAGAAUGGCGAAAUGUAUCCCAGACUAAAUGAUAUGUAUGGGAAAUAUGGAUUGGGAACAAUUGGAGCUCAACCCAAGGAUUAUAGCAGCCGUAAAGAAAGCUAAUGUGAAAUCAGCGAGAGAGAUUCUCAGUCUCUCGGGUCCGGAUCUACAACGACUCACCCACCUGUCAAAGUCAGACGUGCAACACCUGCACGCAGCUGUUGCUGUCUCUUACCGCAGACAUUCACCUGUAACAGCCUUACAAGUGCACCGUGGAGAGUGUCCCUCUUUGGAACCUGGACACAAGCUAAGUUUGGCUUGCCCCGUUCUGGAUGCUCUACUGCGAGGUGGUGUACCGUUGAGCGGCAUCACAGAACUGGCAGGGGAGAGCAGUGCAGGAAAGACACAGUUUGGCUUGCAGCUGUGUCUUUCUGUGCAGUACCCACUGGCGUAUGGAGGGCUCAAUUCAGGAGCUGUGUAUAUUUGCACAGAAGACUCAUUUCCCAUCAAGCGUCUGCGGCAGCUCAUUACCCAGCAGGCUCGGCUGCGGCCAGAGCUUCCCCAGGCCCUGAUACGGAGCAUCCGUUUCAGCGACAACAUCUAUAUAGAGCAUGCUGCCGAUCUGGGUGCGCUGCAGGCCUGCGUGUCCCAGCGGGUGCCCAUUCUGCUCUCCCGGGGCCUUGUUCGGCUGGUGGUGGUGGACUCAGUGGCGGCCCUGUUCCGCAGCGAGUUCCAGGCGGACGAGGGCAUCGAGAGAGCCCGCCACAUGCUGGCCUUUGCUGCCACUCUCCACCACCUGAGUCACAACUACAGUACCCCGGUGCUGUGCAUCAACCAGGUGACAGAUGUAAUGGAUGGGCCUGAUCCAGCACACUGUAACUUUGGGUUGGUGGACAAUAAGGUGCUGCCCGCCCUGGGCAUGGCCUGGGCCAACCAGGUGAUGGUGAGGCUGAUGCUGCGCCGCCUCCCGGGCUGUGUGGGCACCGGGGAGCAGGGAGGUACCAGCGCCCCUCGCAGGCUGGAGGUGGUGUUCGCCCCCCACCUCCCCAGAGCCAGCUGCCUGUGUGGGGUGUGGGAGGAAGGAGUGAGAGGGCUGCCAAACAGACCCCGGUCCGUCACCAACAGCGUUACCAAGAGACUUGAAACCACAGGCGAAUUGGGCCUGAACGAUGGUACCUAAAUCCGACAAACAUUUACAGGAUACAGAAAAGUGCCAAAUGGGAAAAUGAUAGGGACCCGCACACUUUAGAUGCUCUAGUUUUCCUGGCAAUAUUGUAACCACAAAGGGAUUUUGUAUCAGGUGAUUCAAGGGUGAUUCCAGCAAGGAAUGCACACUGGAGUGUGGACACUGCAGGAUGGCAGGACUGUUGCCUUACUUUGUGCUUCGACAUUCCAUAGUGAAGCCUAUAUGCAUUUAAAAGGAGAGGGAUGGUAGAAAAAGUAUUAUGAGCCAAAUGAUAAGAAAAUCCUGACAAACCAUGUCUAUACCUUUAAAAAUAAAUCUAAAUACAUUUUUA